GCAGUGUUUCGUUCUCUUUCGUUCGUAAGCCUGGUUCCAUCCCGGCGGGAAACGAUUAACCUCACGGAAUGCCCCUUUGCAGUGGUCGGGAGUUGGAAUGUGUUGGUCUAAUUAACCGGCCACUACUGGUUGCUAGCUGUUGAUGGUGGUGGUGGUGAUGGUGUGUACGGAUAGCUAAUGCCGGAGUGCGUCCGUUCGAGGCUCCAUUACCGUUGCGGAAAGUAAAGGCACCACAAUCAUUCGAACGCGCUUUAAAGGUGAAGACCUUACCGAGCCGCACCGGACGAGUACAGGUGGCUUUCCCAAGCGGCAAACAGAGGGAACAGGCAAUUCGUCAGGUAACACACCGAUAACACCAUCCAGUGCGGGCUAGCAAGCACAGCCACCGGAUAACGGCGGACAGUUGAGAAUAGGCGGUCCACCGGAUGAGACCAACGAACGUCGUCGGCUGGCACAGCAUCUCCACGGGAUUGAUCUUGUGACCGGGUGUCUAUUUGUACGUGUGAAUACCCGCCCAAGUGCAACUGUGUGUGUGUGUGUACAGCGCAAACGAGAUAGAUAAAUUCGUAGCCGAUCGGAAAAGCAUCGCGAGUACGUGUGAAUUACGCGUCAUUGAAAGUUCAAAAAAGCUUGGACGGAGAGUAGGUCGCGGAAGUUUUUUUUUCCCCACUCCCGUACGGUAUAUUCCCGGGAUUGUAUGUAAAUUUCACCAAACAAACUCCCACCCACCUAAUUAUUGUUCGAUAGCAAAAGUGCGAUCGUGUGAUCGUGGUGCAAAAAAGACGCAGUACAAAGUCGAGACUCACUAUUAUUAGCGGUUAGCGCGGCGAUAAAACUACAAUCGCCAUCCGUAGCCCACAUUUACGUGUCCGAUAAGCGUGUGUUUUCGUUGUCCGCGUUCGGACUUUUUUUUUGCUUUAAUUCGGUUCGGUGCCUCUCGUUAGUGUGUUGUUCAACAAAACACCGAUCGAUAUGUUGCUAGAGGCAAUGCCGAACGUUGGAAGGCGGCGUCCACUUUCGCCUAAAAAUACCCAGUUACUAGCUGUCUGUUUCUGUGUACUGCUUUCCCUACCGAAUGCGGCCCUUGGCAGAAAGGUGGCGUUGUCGCGGGUGACGAAACCGACCGGACACCGUGGUUAUGCGAAUGCGGACAUUGCCAAGCUGAGCUAUUCGCCGAGCCACUCUGCACCGGCCGCAGCCCCGAAACCUGUUGCGCCCGUGUACUCUUCGGCGCCUCAUCCUCAGUCUCCACCGGCAGCUCCUCACUUCCCACCAGCCGGAGGUGGUGCUGGUGGUGGUCAACCGUCGUACGGUUGGAAUGUUCCUGGUGCGCAUGGAGCCCCCGGAGCGGGUGCAGGCGUAUAUCCUGGAGCGGCAGCGGCUGGAGCUGCUGGUACGGGACUAGUCGCGAGCAAUGUGUACCGUUCGCAUGGUCAUAAUGCAACCGGUGGAGGUUUUGGUGGUGGUUUGGCUCAUUCACCUCCGGGAGCCUAUCCUUCCUAUCCGGCCCAACCGGCUCAAGGAUUCCCAGGAGCUCCGGUACAGCAUCCGGGAGGUGGUUUCCCUGCACCCGCUUAUCAACCUCAACCUGGUGGAUACGUCCCGCAGCAACCGGGUGGAUUCCCUCACCAACCAUCGUACGUACCCGGUGGACAUUACGAUCAGGGUCAACCUCACUACCAGGGACAUCCAGGACAGACGGUUGUACAUCAUUACGAGCAGCCCUCGAGUGGAGGUAGCGGCAUUGGAACGGUGCUGGGCGCUGGUGCAGCUGGACUGGCCGCAGGUGUUGGUGGAGCGGCGCUUUACGACGCGUUGAAACCGAAAGAAAGCAAGGAAGAACCAGCGACUACUCCUGCUACUACAACGACCGUUGCUGCAGCUGCCCCGGCAGCUGGUGAGACACCCGCUCCUGCAGCCAGUGCUCCGUUAGCACCGAUGCCAGUCAACCCUAACGGUGAGGCACCUCUAGCACCGUUGCCAACGGAAGCCACUCCGCUGGCAACUACUUCUCCAGCAGAGGGCGAAAGUACCACCACCACGAGCACCACCACCAUCAUUGGGAGCAGUUCAUCGGAGAAUCCGCUGGGUAUGGCACCACUGGCACCGCUGCCCGAUUCGUCUCCUGCCACUCCAGCCGACGCUACUCCGAAUGUGUCCGGUUCGGAUGUGGAGGUACGCCACUCAGCCCUCAACGUACAGCCAGAUCUGUCCGCUUCGAUGGCUGAACCGGCGAGCGGUGGUACUGCCGACACCGUGCGCCUCUCGUCCGCCAUUUCGAUGUUCGCCCUGUUGCCGCUCAUCGUGAAGUAUCUCCGCUUUUAGGUCCUAACCAUUGCACCGCAUCGGCAGCUGCUUCAUGUACAUAUCGAAUAUCCUCUAGUAUCGAAGCUUCUUGCUGAGUGGUGUAUAGCGAUCCAAAUGGAGCGCAAUUGCUGUGCCACUACUUUUUUGUAGUCUGUAUCGGACGUAUAACCGACCGGUACCCAGUAGCGGAAAAGGGCGGGUGGAGAGGGCCAAGGUACGGGUGGCAUGGUUAUUUGUGCCCGAUUAAGUAUUGUUUUGUUGUUGUAUAUGUUAGUAAUGUAACGAUUAGUUUGAAACUGCACAACGAAAGCUACGAACCGGCAGUAUAUGCGAUCACUAAUGUUCAAUGUUUGAAUUUUAACGACGAUAUAUAAUAAAUAAGUUAAACAAAAAAAAUACAACUGUUAACGCCUCUGUA